AUGAAAUCGAAUGGCUCCGCUCCCUCUGCGAAUACGACUAAGGUGAUUGCUAUAGAUAACGGUGGAGGUCUGCUGAAGGCGGGGUUGAUUGACCCGACGCUUGAGCACGAGGCUCUUCUCUAUCCCGAGACUGUUAUUGCCAACGCUGUAGCAAGAUCGAGGCGUGGUGGGAAAACGGCGAAACGGAAGCUCCUCAUUGGAAAGGAGAUAACGUCUUGUCCCGAGUACAUCAUGACGAGGCCUUCUCAUAAGGGGGUUGUCGUUGAUUGGGAGACGCAGAAGAUCAUUUGGAACAGCGUAUUGCACGGGCGAAGGCAUCUUCCUGGGCUUCUCCCGAAGGUUCUCUUUGAAGAUUUUGGAUUUGCUCGUGCAGUAAUUGUUGAUGCUCCCUUAUGCAUUCAGUCCAGUGAGGGCAUCAAAUCACAGUUCAGUGAUGAGGAGUGGGAGAAUCCCUGCGGGUUGGUUGUUGAUGCGGGAUUCAGCGGAUGUCGGGCGGUGCCUCUGUACAAUAUGUAUCCCAUCGAACACUGCGCUCAGAGGAUGGAUGUCGGUGGUAGAGUCAUGACCAACUACCUGAAGGAAGCUAUGGCACAUAAUCAAGUUGAUCUCGACGAUGCACCGUUACUCGUUGAGAACAUCUUUGAAACAAUGUGCUAUUCUGCACACGAUUUUGCAGAGGAAGUGGAAGCCUCUCGGGCUUGUCCUCAUGAGAGAGCCCGACGUUACAUCCUUCCGGACCAUUCCUCAACAUCAAAUCAUUUGGGAAAGGUUGUGGACCCUGGACAAGAGGAUGAUGUUACUAAUAAAGAUUGUGUUGAUUUGAACCACGAGAGGAUGGUAGUCUGUGAGGCCCUGUGGCAACCCGGUUCAAUUGGGGUCCUCCAAGCCGGACUGGCCGAGAUGGCGGCGAGAGCCGUGAUGAAGGCUCCCGUCGCAACGAGAUCGGCGAUCGCCAAGAAGGUUAUCUUGGGAGGAGGUCUUUUCCUCAUUCCGGGCGUUUUGGAGAGAUUCAAGGAAGAGUUCAGGUCGUAUUUGCCCGUGGAGAUUGCCAGUGAGGUCAAAUUCUUCGCUGAGCCGGACGGGAGAUACGACUUGUCAGUUUGGAGAGGUCUUCAUGCUCUUGGUUCCUCAGAAGAGAACUUGUCGCAUCUCGGAUUGUUCCAUCGAGAUGCUUGGUUAGCUGCUGUUACUAAGGCAUCGAGCAACAGUGCCCCCGCUGAGGCUGGCCGAGCAGAGUCCACCCCAAGCGCCAGCUCUCGACGAGGUCGUAAGCCAAGCCAAUCUGGUCGUAAGAGGAAGCGGAAGAAAAAUGAUUGA